AUGUCCAACGUCGACAUCGCCGCCGUGGUGAGCGAGCGCAUCCGCAUGGCUUCCCACACAUCGCAACACCAUGCGCCACCCGCCACCGCGGACCACAAGCGCAAACGCAGUCCUUCGUCGCACGAUGUCCACCCACCCUCUGCGCCACUGCCCAAGGCUGCCAAGACGCAUAACCAUCUGCAGAUCAACUAUCUCGCUCGACACCUCGACGAGGACCUCCCACUCAUCACCAAUGAAGACACCCUCCCCGCCAUCCUGUCCCUGCUCGGCGACUACCAGGGCGUCCUCGACCGCCAUGAGAGCAUGGCCUGCAAUCUCGGCGCCCGACCGCUGGGCCCCAUCCUGAUCAAGCGAUUCGAGAGACUGUUCGAUGGUCCCCCGCGCGUCCUGAAGAGCCAUGGCAAAGACGGCACCUCUGUGAGCUGGCUGGACGUGGUCGAAUUCGCCCGCAACAAGCCAGAACAGUUCCAGCUGGGCCAGAUGAGUGAAGGCGUCCGCGUCUGCCAGUUCUACACCAAGCAGUGUCGCGUGCAAAUCUCCGAGGAGGAUUUCGUGCUCAUCUCCUCGGGCAUCCCUCAGAAGAUGAUUCCACCCCAGCCCAUCAUCGAGGAUGAAGAAAAGGAAUUGGGCACGAUUGAGAUUUUGGAGAAGAACCUGGGGCAGAUCUGCCAACUUGCUGACCAAGUCGCUGCACGCACACGGCAGCUCAACCACCGACUCAAGGGUCGCAAACAAGCCAUCCUCGAUCGGCGGGCAACCGCCAGCCCUGCUGUCCCUGCCGUCCCACGACCAGCCAGUCCCUCGAAUGUCGCUCUCAUGAAAGGCGGCAGCACCGCUCCACCGACUACUACAACUGGGCUUGCCCAGCCUCCACAGACAUCGCCUAGUGGCGUUGGGGGAUUCGUUGCCGUGAAUGCUCGCCAGCAACAGGAUUCGAACGGCCACAGUCAUGGUCAUGGCCAAGGCACUUCGUCUACCACUCGUCACGAGCUGCUAUCCAAAUUCCACACAACAAGCGAACGACGCCCUUCCUCGCAGCCCUCCAACACUGGUGGUACCGAGGCGAGGCGGCUGUCGAUGAGCAGCCACAUCUCUCACCCUCCCACGCCAGGCGCCAUGCCUACAAGAGCUGCUCCCACCAAGCCUGGUGAUGGCCCACAAGGUCCACCAGUCAACAUGACGAGGCCACCUCAUGGCUUCAACGAAUCCGAGCUGCAGACCAUGAUGAACUCGCCCGUCCCAAUACCAAACACUCCCUCUAAUCUCCUCCCAGCUGCCAGCCAACGUGCUAGUCAGCAACCGGAGAAGGACGAUGGCGGUCCUUUCAAGACGGAAAUGGUCCACCGAAUGGAAAGCCUGGCCAAGGGCGAGCGCAUCAUACCACCUUGCGAUCGCUGCCGGAGACUCCACAUGGACUGCCUGAAGAAUCUCACGGCCUGCAUGGGCUGUACGAAGAAGCACGCGAAAUGCUCGUGGAAAGAGGUUCGCGAAGGCGAGCUACGCGGUGGCUUCAUCUACCCUCACAGCACAAUCAGCAACGGCCAAAGCGAGACGUCGGACCACGAGAGCGGUGACCGCGCUAGCACCGCCAGUCCCGCCGCGGUGCUGAGUCCACCCCGUCACACCAUGACGCCCUCGUACACCAGCCCUGGCAACGGACCACACACGCCACAGUCACAGCCACAACCACAAUCACAGUCACACACACAAUCACAAUCACAGUCACACACACAAUCACAAUCCCAAUCCCAACCCCAACCCCUCCACCCCCAGCAACCAGACCACCACAACACACAUGCCCCACCACAACCACCACCGCCACAUUACGACCACCAACCGGACACCUGGCCCCCAGCCCCCCGCAACUCCCCACCCGAACGUGAUCGAGACCGCGACCGGGACCGCGACCGCAAUGUCGAAUCCCAGCUCCAAGAGGCAGCCAAGUCGAGUCUAGCCGCUCAUGCGAAUUCGAGAUUGGCCGCGUCGGAGGGCAAGGGGCAGGAGUUUCAGGGUCAGACUAUGGUUGCGUGA